AUGGAAAGAAAACCAGAAUGGCUACAAAAACAUAUAUUUGGAAACGAGCAUAUUCCAUAUGGACAGGCACUGUUUGAAGAGCUUGAACCAGAAACUCAGGACAGAGUCAUGCAAACAAUAAGCGACGACUCAAAUACAAACUAUGACAAAAUCUUUCUAGGAUAUAGGUUACCUGAGAUGGGCGACCAGAGCCAAAAGGCAAAAAGGACAUGGGAAAUUUGCAACAUACUAGAUGAACAUAAUGCAAAGAUGCAACAACUUCAAGCAGAGGGCAAUGAAGGAAAAAGAAGAGUUAAAAACUCAGUCAGGAAGAAAGUAAAGCUUGGUCCACGUGGGUUCUAUUAUGACAUAUAA